CACAUUGUGGCUCGGUGGUGGAUGCUGAAGAGCAAAGGGUGUGCUGGACAGGCCGGAUGGUGCAGUCCCCAUUCCUGCGAUGCUGGGCGGGUGGAGGGAGAGUUGCUUCUCGAGAUGCGGUAUUGGUUGUGCAAUAUUGGUUGUGCACUAUUGGUAGUGCAGUAUUGGUUGUGCAGAACAGAGCGAUAUCACUUGUGCAGAGUCGGCGGCAUCGCAAUCGUCCAGACCGGAACUCGGCAGAUUCGGCUCAGAGCGUGCGGAUCCAUCGAGACAGCCCAACGAGCCCGGCGCCGAGGACGAUCCACUUGCCCAAUGCCCAUGUCCAUAUCGACCGGAGCUGUUCCUCGCUGCCGGCAAAGAUGAAAAACCAUCGCAGCAUUGGCCGAGACACUUGCAGCACGCCUGGGGCAAUCUCCUUCACAUGGCCGAUCACAACCACUGGCGCCCCAUGCCGAAUGACGGCCUCGUCCACCUGGCUGCUGCUGACGACGCUCUCCAGAAGCAUAUCGGCACCUUCGGUGAUCACCAGGACCCGCGAAUCGUCCGAAAGCUGUACAGCCCAAGGGAUCUCUCGGCAUUCUUGCGUAAACUCCUCGGUGGUGUGCUGCUCCUUGGCAGCAAGCGUUCGGGGCUUGCGGGCAAACGGCAGCCAGCCCCCAAGACGGGCCUGUCGGGUCCGCAGAGAGCGAACCGAGGCCGUUCUUGCAUAGACGCACUUGAGGCCCGAGGCCCCGGCGCUGAUGACCGAGCCGGGGUUGACUGCACGGGCCGUGCCGAGCAACUUCAUGUGGCAUCCAGAGAAGAGAUACUUUGUCGAUGCACCACGGAUGUGCUCGAGGCACUCUGGCAGCGACCGGCCUGGUGGUGUUGCUGCCAGCCUAUAGCGCUUGAGGCCGUAUUUGUAUGUGCCGUAGACCAGACAGGCGAGACCACCAGCGACGCAGACGCCGGACAGGAUGUUCUUGAGCGGCUCCAUGGCGGCUAUUGUCGGGACCGAGGAGCCAAAGCCGAGAUCGCGUUGGGCCGGGGUGUGAUGGAGACCGACCAGGACAACGUUGGCCGCGACGGGUCAUUUGCAUGGCGGCCUGCGCUAGGGAGACAAGCGCAGUCGUUCGUGGUCGUUCGUGGUCGUUCGUGGUCGUUCGCGGUCGUUCGCAGCAAGCCAGACGGCACAUCCCGCCCGCUCACACCGUCCGCUCGCCAUCCAGCAAAGCCUGUCCACGAAUCCCUCGUCGGACAUUACGUUUGCACAGCAUUACUUACGGCCUCUUCGCUCCUUCCACCCCUCCGCCCAGUCCCCCUUCGGCACAGCCCUUUCCACCCACGCACACAGCCCAUCCUGCGCUCUACAUCGGCCAGCAUCCCGCAUCCAUCGCUGGUGUGAUCGCAG